CGGCUGGGGCGGGGCGGGGCGGGGCGUGGCAGAGCGGCCCUCAGAGAGGGUUGUGUGAAUAGGGCGGUAACGGGUGUGUGUGCUGUCCACCGCUCGGGGUCUCUGCUCUUCCCCGUUGUCCAUGCUGCGGGUGUUCGCAGCCCCGUGUCCGCGGGGAUACACGUCCCGCAGGGUGGGCGCACUUCCGGCGCGGCGGUUAGACCCGGAACGGGCGCCUCUGGGGCCCUGCGCGGGCGGCUCGCGACGGCCGGCUGGGCGGGGUUCGGUGGCCGUUCCGCGCCUGCGCACGCCGAGCCGCGCGGUGCCCGGGCCGCUCUCCCGCCCUGGACGCCGCCUGCCGUUGUGCACGUGGCCCGGGCGCUUGAGGCGCGAGUGCGGCUGUGACGCCGUCCUGCGGGACCCGCACGCCGCCUUGCUGGCGGAAGGAUGUCGGCCACGCCCCCGCCGACGCCGUGAGCCGCCUCGCCGAGUCAUCGCAGUAAGCCGCUGGCCCUCGUCCGACUUCGGACGCGGAGGGUCGGGGCCGGGCGCGUCCGGCGUGCGGGCCUCCAGCCAGCGGCCGCCGGCACGUGGGCAGGAAUGGGACGCGCGCGGAGUUCUCUCAGGCUCACAGGGCUGGACGAGCCUCAGCUGGAGAAGCACCUGCUCUCGACUCUCGUGUGCUCUUCAGGGCGACGCUUCAGCUGAGGCGGCCGCCCCGUGGUCCGUGUGGAGCGGAGUCCUCGUCUCGCCAGACCUCGGCUGGGAGUCCUGCUGCGGUGGGCAUGGCCUGCGAGAGCCAGCGGGAGGCUGCUGAUGGAGCUGCACCUCUGGGAAGGGGCCGCCCCGCCCACUCCCUUCUGCCUAGUUUCAGGCCCUUUCUCUGCUGACCUCCUUCCCUCAGCCUGGAGCAAACGAAAUCUUAUUUUUAAAAAUUAUUUUUUUAAA